AUGAACAAGCUCACCUCGAUCCUCCAGAGUCCCAACGUGCAAAUUGCCAUGAAUUCGCCGCUCGUUCGCACCUCGGCGGCCCUCGGCGCCUUCUGCAUUGUGCUCGCAUGGUACUCACGGAAGCAAACAACGGUCAAAUCAGCGCAGGCCAGCAAGCUCAUCACCGACCUGUCGCAAGUGGCACGGAAGGCCAAGGGAACAGACAACGAGUAUGCCCACGACGAGUUCGACGUUAUCAUCAUUGGCGGAGGCACGACCGGCUGUUGCAUUGCCGCACGUCUGUCUGAAGACCCCUCCAUCCGGGUACUCCUUCUCGAGGCGGGGCAAAGUGGUCUCAAUCUCCCCGAGGCUCAAAUCCCAUGCGCAUGGACCGGUUUCUGGCUUACUGAGCACGAAUGGGGCAUGUUUACAGAACCCCAAGAGCAUGCUGGCGGAAGGCAAAUCUAUUGGCCAAGAGCCAAAUUACUUGGUGGUUGCACCAAUAUGAAUGCAAUGAUGUUCAACUUCGGCGCACCCACGGACUACGAUGAAUGGGCGGAGUUGCAGAAGGGGCAGACCGGUGCGACAGGUUGGACAUUCCAGGAGCUUCAUCCCUAUUUCCGGAAGUUUGAGAAAUACAGCCCUAGCAAGCAGUUCCCAGACGUCGACGUCACGCUCCAUGGGGCGGAAGGCUUUGUGCGCACCGGUUAUCAUGGACACUUUGCCCCAAAUUCUAAAGCAUUCAUCAAGUCUUCUCUGAACGCAGGUAUCGCUCACAGUCAUGAUGUCAAUACGCACAAGGGUCCCCUGGGCGUGACAAAGAUUAUGACUUACAUCGAUCCUAAAGGUCGCCGGUCCACAGCCGAAACCGCAUAUAUGACCUCGGACGUUCUUGCCCGACCAAACCUGAAGGUUGCAACUAAUGCACGGGUGCAGCGCAUCCUGUUUGACACGAGCUCGGGGUCACCGGUCGCCACAGGCGUCGAGUUCAAGGACAAGGCGGGUAACAAGUUCGUCGCCAAGGCGCUAAAAGAGGUCGUGCUUUCUGCGGGUGCCGUCCAUUCCCCUCAAAUCCUCAUGCUAUCAGGCGUCGGCCCUGCCGAUCAUCUCCAGUCGUUGGAUAUCCCGAUCGUCAAAGAUCUCGCAGGAGUCGGCUCACAUUUGAGAGAUCACAUCGUCGUGGACCUUCAUUAUCUAGACAAGACCAAGAGCUCGUUGAGCUUCCUGAAGCCGCAAACCUUCGAGCAGAACUUGAAGCUGAUGUCGGCGUUGGCUCAAUAUAAGCUCACUGGCACUGGUCCACUCACCACCAACAUUGCUGAAGCUGCCGCGUUUGUCCGAAGUGACGAUCUCGACCUUUUUCCACUAAGCCAGUACCCUCCCGAGACGAUGCCGGAAGACCUGACGACCGGUGCAGGCGCCCCAGAUCUCGAGUUGUACAACUCCAUAAUGACAUACAUCGAACAUAAUUUGAAAGGACCUGCCUGUCCUGGCCAGUACACUUUUGGUCUGCAUUGCGUGCUCCUGAGACCGAAGAGCCACGGAACACUGCGCCUGCGGUCCAAGAACCCGGACGAUGCACCGGUGCUGGACCCAAUGUAUCUCUCGGACGAGGGGAAGAGCGACGUGAAAUGUCUGAUUCGGGGCGUGCGCCUGCUGGACAAGAUCGCGCACACGGCGCCGUUGGCAGCGAUGAUCGACCCCGCGGGCGACGGGCACCCGGACCUCAACCACAACAUCGGCAUGCUUGACGACGCGGCGCUCGAGCGCUGGGUGCGCGAGCACGUCCAGACGAUGUACCACCCCACGUGUACGUGCCGGAUGGCGCCGGUCGAGGACGCGGGGGUCGUCGACCCCUUCCUGCGCGUUCACGGCAUCGGGAACGUACGUGUCGCGGACGCGUCCAUCUUCCCCGAGAUCAAUGCGGGGCACACGACCGCGCCAUGUUACGCUAUUGGCGAGAAGGUCGCGGACCUCAUCAAGGCCGAUAUUGGUUCCGGACGUGUUUGGAAAAGGGACGAAGAGCUCGGCCUUGAUGUUAAGGCGCGGUCCAACGUCGUCGUCGGGGGCGAGAACUUCGACCCGAGUCCCUGAAGCUCGUGAGUAUAGAGUUAUACCUUCCUCGCCUCGUUGAUCCGAGUUGGUACAUAACCCUGCAGGGACCCAGGUACUUUGCCAACACGGCAGGCAUUCCGUAUAAGGAGUGGUACGCCCAGAAGCUAGAGAAGAACGGCAUGCAUUGAUGCGGUUGUAAUGUGGGGUGCUGAGGAAUGACCUCGUGGGCAAGCUCGUCUGAAGGGACGUUAGUCGUCGGUAGGCACAUAAAUAAGACGGGAUCCACCAAUUUCGCGAAUGGUAUGAAGGAGGGUGGUUCGGAAGCGCACUUCACCAACUUGGCUUUCUACGAGAGUGUCGAGCCAAGCCAAAAAUCAAUGAACAUGAAUUUUACAUGGCUG